GUCCCCGGGGGCGGGGCGAGAAGCGGACCUGGACGGUGGCAGGCGGGCAGGCGGGCAGGCGGGCUGCUGGUGUCCUCCGCCGCGCGAUGAGCGGGCUCGGGGCGCGCGGUCUGCGGGUGGACGGGCUGCCGCCGCUGCCCAAGAGCCUGAGCGGGCUGCUGCACUCGGCGGCAGGCGGCGCGGCGGGCGGCUGGCGGCACCUGGAGCGACUCUACGCGCAGAAGUCGCGCAUCCAGGAGGAGUUGAACCGCGGGGGCGCGGCCGGCGGCGGUUCGCGGACAGGAGGGCCGCGCGCCAAGCCCCCCAACCUGGACGCCGCCCUGGCGCUGCUGCGCAAGGAGAUGGUUGGCCUCCGCCAGCUGGAUAUGUCCUUGCUCUGUCAGCUUUAUAGCCUCUAUGAGUCCAUCCAGGAGUACAAGGGGGCAUGCCAGGCUGCUUCCAGCCCUGACUGCCCUUAUGCACUGGAGAACGGUUUCUUUGAUGAAGAGGAGGAAGAGGACUUCCGGGAGCAAGCCUCCCUCCAUGAAGGCAGGACCCGAGGCCCUCCUGGAGACUUCUUGCUGCCUGUCUCUCCCCUCUCCAGCAGCGACUGGAUUCUGGAAUCUAUCUAGGGCCUUGGAGCAGUUGUGGGGGUGGGUUUAAACUGGAUCCUGUUAGCAUCAGCUUCAUCUCCUGCAAGAAAGUGUUCUUCCCUCGAAGUGGACAGUCAAUGGCACCCGAGAUGCAUACCACCAGUUUAUUUUGUGGGUAGGGAGUUUGUUGACACACCAUGGCAGUCUGCUAGUGUCUAAUUGGGUUACAGAAAGAUACUGAGAAUGUCCUUGGCUUGCUUGUGUGAGGCACACUACUGGGGAUUCACAGCAAGACUGUAACAAGGGGUGCGGUAGGAGGCUAAGCUACAGCCCCCUUGAGGUGAUGUUUAGCUGGUCACUUCCAAGUCUUCAUCUUAAUGUUACUGUCACCUUCUUCAGUGUAGCCUGCAGCUUCCCUUACUGCUUCAAGAGACUUUCAGCCUCUUUGCCAAGCCUUAUUUAUUAUGAGCUAUGUCCUAACUGUCCAAGUGACUUACAAGAUCUUUCUACUAAAAAAGCAAACACUGCCACACAAGUAAGCUGCCUUUUCUCAGCCUGCCCACUGCCCCUUUAUUAGGUAGAGGAAUAAGGGAGGUAAUACAGAGGUCUGCUGAGUGGGGAAAACCCAAAUCAGAACAAGCUAAAGUUUUGUAUCAUUCACUGUAAGACAGCAGACAUUUCUGUUCCUAAAGACUCUGAAUGUAAACUAGCAUGUUAGAAAGCAAACCAUACCCUCCACUGAAAACAGUGAAUACCUUAUGCCUUAAUAUAUUUAUUAAAGUACUUCAUGAAAACUUUAUACUUUAUAGAUUAAACAUGAGGAUAAAAUGAUAAA